AUGGAAACAAACAAGUCCUCCGGAAGUCAACGACCUGCUGAGAAUUCGGACCAGAGUCCUUCAGAAGUUCACUACGUAAACUUUCCCACAUUGGCUUCACACAAGUUAUUGUUGCAGGAACCUUUGACGCCUGAGGAGUUGCAAGCAAUAGAGAACGGCGCUCUUCCCGGAACCUACGAAGAGCUAGUCGCCCUUUCAAGCCAGUUCCCUAAUAUUCAUGAGAUGUUUAAUCGAAUAGUCAUAGAUCACAACCGUGGCUACGAGAACAUUAGUGUUUCAUCCAUGUCAACUGCCUCUGCCUCCCACCAGGCUGUUGUCGCGCCUGAGGCCCUCGGUCCGGCGACAGUGGGUCAUCUUUCGCAAUCACUUGCCUCUCCUGCUGGUCAUUCUAUCGCUGAAAGCAAUACUUUUAAUCAAUCCCCUCGCAGCGUUCAGGUUAAGCCUCCUAUCGUUUCCCAGGACACAUGCAAUGGAUUAUAUGGCAGGGGCGGCUGUAAGGCCCUCGUCUAG